AUGUCAGUGGGAGGACUUGGCCAUGCUGAGGCGCUGUCCAGCCUGCGCUCUGAGAUGGUGAGGGCCCAGACGGAGGAGCUGCGUCGAAUCCAAAAACAUGCAGACGACGAGAGGGACAAACUGCAGAAGGAGGUAGAAAAAGAGAGAGAAACCGUACAGAAGGAAAGGGAACAAGAAAAGAAUAAGUUUGAGAAGGACAGAAACAGACUGCUAAGAGAGAGGGAGGAGGAGAGGGAAGAGGUGGAAGGGAUCAAAGAACGUCUGAAGAGAGAGAAGGACGAAGAGGUGGACCGGCAGAGGAAGGAACUGGAGGUCGAGAGGGUUCGCGUUCGCUCGCAGUUGGACAAGAACAUUGAACAGGUGGAGGCGGAGAGGGCCAAUGUGCAGCAGAAGCUGGAGGAGGAGAAGAAGAGAUUGGUGGAGAAGGCUGAGGAGGACAGGAAGCGUUUGAAGGAGCAGGUGCGGAAGGCGAUAGAGGAGGUGAUGAGGAGGCACGCGGCCGAACUCCACAGCGUCCAAGAAGCUCUGAGCUCAGAGAGGAAGACCAACCAAGAGGUGUGUUUACGUUUGGAUGAACAGAGGAGGAACGCUGAGGAGCUACGCAACGAGCUGGAGAGGGACAGAGAGGAGCUGAGGACAAAACUGAAAGAUGCCUCCAAUGAGACCUGUAGGCUGCAGUCAGCGUUCGAACAUCAAGACAAGAAAGAAAAUGGGGCCCCUGAAGCUGCAGCCUCGUGUGGACCGCAGUGCUCUCGUCAGGAGGAAGAGCUCCAUCAGACCCGGAGUCGUCUGGCACGGACGCAGGAGGAGGGAGAGAGGCAGCGGGACAGGCAGCAGAGAGAGAUGGCCUCCCUGAGAGCUGACAAACACCGGCUGGAGGAGAAAGUCCUGGAGCAGAGCCGACUGAACACGGAGAGGAGUCUUCUCGACCAGAGCCAGCGGCAGACUGAGGACCGGAUCAGGGCAGAGUGUGAGGAUCGUCUCAGAGCGGAGUUCAGGAUCGAGAUGAAUGCCGCCGUGGCAGAGAGCGAACAGAGGUGGCAGAACAAAGAGCAGGAGCUGCAGAGCCAGAUAUCUGAGCAGCAGAAUCAGCUGAGCGAGCUGAAGUCAAAGGCGGAGCAAGAGAAGGAGUGUCCGGGAGAAAAUUGCCAUGGCAACCCUGAAAUUGACAGGCUUAGAAAAGAGGUCCAAGACACCAAGGAGAUAAACAAGAAACUGAGGGAUCUGCUGCAGGAGCCCCAAACCCAGACUUCAGGAGAGGAGAGGCACAGUCACGCCAAGGCUCUGCAGGCGUUAGAGAGACAGGCGAAAGAAGAUCUGCUGUCUGAGAGGAACAGACUGCAGACAAUGCACCACCUGGAGCUAG